AUGCCUUAAUCGAUCUUCUACCUCUCUCUGGGGACCGAAACGUGGAGCGAAAAUGGCGAGCGAGGAAGAGAGACUUCUAGAGAACCAGCUGGAGCUUCAAUUGGAAGAGCAAAGAGACUCACUUGCCAUUCUGAGACAAGCCCUAGCCUCUGACCCCGCCAAUCCCGAACUUCUCUCGGUUCAUGAGGAGCUUGUUCAGGCAAUAAAAGAUGCAGAGGAAGGGCUGUUUCACCUGAAGCGUGCACGAUUACUACAAGAAGCUGAUUCAGUGCUAUUUGGUUCCAAUGAUACAGCUGAGGAUGUUAAGGUAGAGCCUCUUGAUCCAGCAGAUGUUGAACUGGAACCGCUGGAGGAGCAAAGCUACUCAGUUGGAUCAAAAUGUCGAUUCCGUCACAGUGAUGGCCGUUGGUAUACUGGUCGAAUCAUUGAGUUGGAUGGUUCUGAUUCUGCAAAGAUUUCUUUCCUCACUCCAACAUCUGAAAAUAUGUUGAUGUGCAAGUUUUUUCUACAGCAACGAUGUCGAUUUGGUUCUAACUGCCGCUCAUCACAUGGCAUUGAUGUCCCAUUGUCCUCCUUGAAGAAGUACAUCCCAACAAUUUGGAAGCAAUCACUAGUGGGUUCCAGUAUUUGGGCAGUAUCAGAUAGUAAAUUUGGCAUUUGGAGGGAAGCUGAACUUGAAUCAUGGGAUGACAAAAUUGGAGUAGGACAAGUUGUUUUUCGAGAGGAUGGAAGCUCUGCAAAGCUUGGAGCGGAUGCAAUCACGUUAUCUGAAUAUGCUCAAGUGAGUCAUGAAGAGGAGAGUGAUUGCAGCUCAGAACAAUCUGAUUGUAGCGACAAUGAAGAAGACGGUUCACAGGGUAUAGGAUUUCUCAAAAGCACCAGCCAACAGAGAGGCAUACAGACAGAAACUACCAUAUUUGCUAAGUGGGAAAAUCACACCCGUGGCAUAGCGUCCAAGAUGAUGGCCAAUAUGGGUUAUCGUGAAGGGAUGGGUUUAGGAGCAUCUGGGCAGGGAAUGUUGAAUCCCAUUCUUGUGAAGGUCCUGCCACCGAAGCAAUCUCUUGAUCAUGCUCUUGAAACUUGCGAAGGCGAAGAGACCAACGAGAAGAACCAAGGGAAGAAGCGGAGCAGAGGUGGUAAGAGAAAACGAGAUAAGAAAUUCGCAGCAUUGGCUCGGGCAGCAAAGGAGGAAGAAGAAUCGAGGCCAGAUGUUUUUAGUCUUAUUAAUAGCCAACUCGCAAUGCAUGGUGAAGCUUUAAAUGGUGUGGGGUCGGGAAAGAAGCAGCCGCAGAAUAAAGGUUCUGGAGAGGGGAAGAAAGUAGACAGGCGAGAUUUGAUUGCUUAUGAUGAUGAAGUGAAGGACCUGAGGAUGCGAGUGGAGAAGCUUGAGGAAAUGGUUAAUAGAAACAGGAAGGAGAAGGUGGUUUACGAAGCUGCCAUGAGAAAGUUAAACGAGACUCGCAAAGCUUUAGCACAGGCUGAGGCAACUCAUGCAUCUGCAUCAAAUGCAGUUGCCAGCGGAGAAAAAGAGAAGAGAUGGCUCAAGUUUUGAGGCUUUUUAUUUAUUUAUUUUAAUUUAUUUUUUUUAUAGUUAUUAUUUAUGUAUCACGAAGUAGAUUUCACCCAAAAAAAAGAAAAAAAAAAGGUGGAAAUUAAAAUACAAAAACUACAUCGAAGUAGGCCAGGUGAGGUGUAGCUAUUUUCCCCGCCACAUUAGAGUUGUUAUAUUCCUAAUUUCCGACCAAAAACAGUUACCCUUCUUGUAUUAAGCACGGUAUUUUUAUGGAGUAACCAGUAAUUACUCAAUUGUAAAUUAUUGUUAGUUCUUGAAUUGAAAGAUUGAUCAAUUUUUUUU